AAAGAUCGCCUAAUUCGUACCAAACAGGUCAAAUUUUCUUGUUGCCUCUUUUCCUCCCCAUCCAAAAACUAAAAAAAAACAAUUUUCUUUUAAGGCCAAACAAAGUGGCAAAUAUUUAUAAAGAAAAAACGAAAAAUAAAGAAGGAUAAAGACAUAAAAGAAAGAAGCUGAAAACUCUGUAACCCUAAUCCUCAAUUAUUAAACGCGAUUUCUGAUUCCCUUCAUCAAAUCAACUUUCCUCAAUUUCGUAGAACAAAUUCGUGAAAAGAAUUGCGGGGAUUUUUAAUCUUUUUCGACAUCGGAAACUUCAAUCUUCCAGGAAUUUGAAGUCCAGUGUUUGUAGCCACCAAUGGGGAAGAGAAAGUCAAGAGCUAAGCCUGCUGCAAAGAAGAGUAUCAAACUUGAUACUGUUUUUAGCUGUCCUUUCUGCAAUCAUGGGACCAGUGUAGAAUGUCGGAUUGAUAUGAAGAACUUGAUUGGCGAAGCCUCAUGUAGGAUAUGCCAAGAGAACUUCAGCACUACCAUUACAGCCCUGACCGAACCGAUUGACAUAUACAGCGAGUGGAUUGACGAGUGUGAGCGAGUUAAUACAGUGGAAGAUGAUGGCGAGUGAUUAGACAAUGAUGCGCUAGAAGGUUGUUGCUCUGUUCCAUGAAAUAAUAGUCUUUUGCCCAAUGUUCUAUGCUAUGUAGUCUGCUGGAUCCUUACUCCCUACGGGUUCUUCUGUCACAGACUAGUCAAAUGUGGAUUGUAUUUUAUGUCAAAAAAUCAGCAUCUCAUGCUGAUUCACAAGGGUAGAUUUUAGGUGCAGCAACUGGUUUGUGCUUGUAAUAUAUGUCAUCCUUUUAGUUUCCUUUCUCUGAAUGUAAUGCCAUAAUUAUACUGAUCUAUCGAAGGUUACUCUGAAGUCUGAACUAGGUAGUUUGGCCUUAUUGUGUCCAA